AAGGAGAACGAAAUAGAGAGAAGACUGCUGGUGCGUUCCGCGUUUCUUAUCGGUCGGCCAGCGGUAUCAUUGUGCUCGCACGCACAUACGAGCAGGUGCUGAGAAGCAGAUGGUGCCGACAACUGCGGGAAAAGGACCGCCGGCAUCAAAGGGCAAGGAAAAGAAAACCGCUAAAACAUCUGCAGCCCCACGCGUGAAGACCAAGAGAGCUGCACCUGUGACUGAUGCAUCCUUGCUGAAUGUUCGAAUACCGCGUCUGAAAUGUCCUCGGUCUUUCAAGAAACUUCUGCCCUCUCAAGUGCACCCACCUCGUCCAUUUAAGUAUUCCCCGGAGUCGCUCAAAGUCUUCAACAACAUUGUGUGGGAAGAAGAUGAGUUCGAGACGAUGGAGCUAAGCGCUAUAUGCCAAUUGGCUGUAGAGGCAAACGACGAAGAUCCGCGCACAGAUGUGCUAGCGCCGUUCUCUCCGUUCACACCGCCGUCCGUGGACUGGAAGGAUGACCUGCACGUCCACCUAUACGCAGACGUCGGCUUACCGGUCUACUUGCUAAAGGCAUUGGGACUGUCUGAGGGGAUCGCGCAAGAGUGGAUUGAUGCGGCAGAAGAGGUCAAUCGCGAAGUCGGACUUGUAGCUUAGCAUAACCGUCAUGUGGUGAAGAACAGGAUAUCUGCCACUCUGCGCGUGAGACAGGGUCACCUUGCCAUCGCGUUAGAUCCGGAUAAUAAAACGGUUCCGUA